GGCUAUCCCCCCUCCAGUCCAUCCGUUCAGUGUCUGCCACCCCUCUCUGCCAAUCCCUCCACUGGUCUCCAUUCAGUGUCUGCUACCCCUCUCUGCCAAUCCCUCCACUGGCCACCAUUCAGUGCCACCCCUCUCUGCCAAUCCCUCCAUUCAGUGUCUGCCCGCCCCCCUCUCUGCCAAUCCCUCCACUGGCCCAUUCAGUGUCUGCCACCCCUCUCUGCCAAUCCCUCCCUCCACAGUGUCUGGCCAUCCCUCCAUUCAUUCAGUGUCUGCCACCCCUCUCUGCCAGUCCCAAUGGCCUCCAUUCAGUGGCCACCCCUCUCUGCCAUUCAGCCUCCAUGUCAGUGUCUGCCACCCCUCUCUGCCAAUCCCUCCACUGGCCUCCAUUCAGUGUCUGCCACCCCUCUCUGCCAAUCCCUCCACUGGCCUCCAUUCAGUGUCUGCCACCCCUCU